UCACUUCAGCACUGACAGGAGGCGACGAUGCAGCGAGGCCACCUUUUACUGUGGUUGCUUUUUGCACAAGCCCAUGCAGAGUUGCCCAUGUGCAAAGAGUCAGAUUAUCACUUUGAGUACACAGAGUGUGACCUACUUGGGUCAAGAUGGAGAGUGGCGGUUCCCAACAAAGCCAACACAUGCACAGGCCUCCCAGAUCCAGUCAAAGGCACUCAGUGCACCUUCUCGUGUAGUGAGGGGGAGUUCCUCGACAUGCAGUCGCAGCAAUGCCAGAAGUGUGCUGUAGGUACCUACUCGCUGGGCACCGGCGUGGCCUUUGAUGAGUGGGACAGCCUGCCGUCUGGUUUUGUCAACCACGGAGUGACCACGUACGGCGAGGAAGCCCACACUGACUGCUCCAACUCAACCUGGACACCGAUGGGUGAUUACGUAACCUCAAACACAGAUGAGUGCACUGCAACGCUGUCCUAUGCUGUGAGCCUGAAGAAACCAGGGACUGUGUCCUUUCAAUAUUUCUACCCUGACAGCAACAUUUACUUUGAGUUCUUUAUUCAGAAUGACCAGUGUCAGUCUACGGACUCAAAGAGCCGGUGGAUGAAGACCACUGAGAGCAAGUUUAAGGAAUACAGGGUUGAUCUUAACAGUGGCAACAAUGUGCUGUAUUGGAAAACCACUGCGUAUAUUCUGCAGGGUAGUGCUGUCAAACCCGUGCUGUUAAGAAACAUUGGCAUCUCAGGGGUGGCCUUCACAUCAGAGUGUUUCCAUUGUAAACCUGGCACCCACAGUGCAAACACAGGGUCUGCCCGCUGUACCCCCUGCCCUGCUGAAAGCUACUCUAACAAGGGUGCUGCCAUUUGCCAUCAGUGUGAGCAAGACACAUAUGCAGAGGCUGGUUCAGGGAGCUGCAAACCGAGACCUGCAUGUACAAACAGUGACUACUUCUACACCCACACUCCCUGUGACUCUGAGGGAAAGACUCAGCUCAUGUAUAAGUGGAUCGAGCCAAAGAUCUGCAGUGAAACUGUCGUAGGAGCCGUGAACCUGCCCGCAUCAGGGGAGAAGCAGACCUGUCCCCCAUGUAACCCGGGUUUCUUUGUCACCAACUCUUCUACCUGUGAACCUUGCGACAAAGGUUUCUACUCAAACGGAACAGCCUGUACCAAGUGCCCUGUUGGCACGGAGCCAGUGGUGGGUUUUGAGUACAAAUGGUGGAACACAAUGCCGAGCAACAUGAAGACUGCCAUCUUCCGUCGAGAGUUCGACGACUCUGAACGCAGCACAGCAUGGGAGGUGGCUGGAGAGUAUGUCUACACCACCCCAAGGGAUCAGGACUCAGACUACCUGAUGCUCACACUUGAUGUCCCUGGAUACAGGCUGCCUCAGUCCAUGGUCGAAGACAGUGAAAGGAGUGAACUUUCUCGCAUCACGUUUGUCUUUGAGACCACGUGUACAGCUGACUGCAAGUUUUACUUCCUGGCGGGCUAUAACCGGUGGAAUAAUGAUGUGGUGGAGCAGUGGAAAGGCAGCAACAGUAAACAGUCAUACUCCUACCUGAUCCAGAGCAACAGCACCGCCAGCUUCACCUGGACUUUUCAACGAACAGAGGAACCUAACGCGGAGAAGAAAUACAGCGCUGAUGCUGCAAAGAUCUUCUCCAUCCACAUCACCAACGUAAUUGGAGGUGUGGCCUCUCAGUGUCGCCGCUGUGCCCUGGGCUCCGCUAAGGCCGGAUCCGCCUGUGUUCCCUGCCCACUGGGUCACUACAUGAUCAAUGGGACUGGAGUCUGUAAGAGCUGCCCGCCGAACACCUUCAUCAGGGCCCAUCAGCCUGUUGGAGAGGCCGCUUGUGUUAAGUGUGGACCAAACACACAGAGAAACAAGGCCCACACAGCUUGUCUCAGUGACUGUGCAUUGGACGUGCAGACAAGAGGAGGCGUGCUGCUGCACUAUGACUUCUCUCCUCUGUCCAACGUCACCGGCUUCCACAGCAGCCCUCGUUUCACCAGCAAAGGCCUGAAAUAUGUCCAUCGCUUUAAUUUGGGUCUGUGUGGAAAAGAGGGCAGAGUACCGGCUACCUGUGUGGAAAAUGUGACAGAGAGUGGGAAGGAGGUCAAAGGUUACGCCUGUCAGUCCACUGUGGUUCCCUCUGACAUCAGGAGUCAGAGCAUGGUGUCCAGCCAGCCUUUUGUCAUUGGUGACACACUCAUCGGUGUGACCACCAACACGACCCUGAGUAGCAUCUCAUCUCCAAAAUGGCUGUUUCCCUCUGCGCCCGUCCUGCCAGAUGUCAUCUUCUAUUACAAGUCCAGUGAGACGACUCAGGCUUGUAAACAAGGCCGGUCAGCCACCGUCAGACUGAGAUGCAACCCCUCAGUGACUGAAAAACACCAUAUCACGCUGCCAAGUAACUGUUCAGAGGGGACGUGUGAUGGUUGUACUUUCCACUUUCUGUGGCAGAGCCAGCAUGCAUGUCCACUCUGCACCAAAAACAACUACAGAGAGAUUGUCAGCGCUUGCAUCCAGGGAAUACAGAAAACCACCUAUGUGUGGCAGCAGCCUUUGCAGUGUUAUGGUGGAGAGUCACUACAAGCACAAAAGGUCAGCGCUUGUGUGACUCUGGAUUUCUGGCUCAAGUUUGGUGUUUCCACGGGAACGAUCGCUGCUGUCCUGCUCAUCUGUAUCAGCUGCUAUUUCUGGAAAAAGACACGCAAGUUGCAGUAUAAGUACUCCAAGCUGAUGAUGAGCUCUGGGGGUACAGAGUGUGAGCUGCCCACUGCAGACAGCUGUGCUAUCAUGGAGGGAGAGGACGCAGAGGACGACCUCAUGGACCUCACUAGGAAAUCCUUCUUCACCAAAAUUAGGUCCUUCUCACGAGAGAGGACAUCCGAUGGAUUUGACUCAGUUCCACUAAAAUCAUCAUCUUUAUACCAUCAAAGAGAGGAGGAAGACUCUGAUGAUGCUUAAUUCAGAGGAUGAACAAAUGCUUCUACUAGAGUACAAAGGAAGUGUUAAACUUUAGAUAAACAGCUGCAGCAGACGGAGUCACAGAAGAGAGUCAAUUUUAUUUAGUAUUAUUUGUCAAACGUUAGGUUGCCAGACCUAAUAGUGUAAUAGAAAGUCUCCAUAUUGGGGAUAUUCUGUAUUUUCAAAGCCUGAUGGUGUAUUUCAAAAUUAUAUGAGAACCAAACUGUGGAUUAAGUUACAACUGUUGAAGAUGUGUACGGCUGUGUACAUUUUACAUAACUGUGAGUGUGUAUUUCAUUUUUUUUUCUAUUUUCUUUUGUUGUUUUUUAUUAGGCUAUUCUGUUUUUUUGUUUUUUUAUCAGACCAGCCAUUCGGUUUAGUCUUAAAAUGUUAUUUGGCAAUAUAUGUAUUAUAUUUGCUCCCACCUUUGAUAACCUUUUGUGCUGCACGUAAGCUUAUGAUACAAUCUUGCUUUAUUGUGAAGUAAAGACAUUUUCUACAAUAAAGAAACCACAAAUGUGCAUUUCUAGAAAUUAAGAGUAACCUCUAAUGCUGCCUUCUGGUGCUCUCCCUAAGAUCAUAUUGUCACUUCAAAUUGCUUAUGUUAUAUAAUACUUUGAUGUUACUACUUUAAAUGUGUGUAUGUGUUUUAGUAUUUUUGUGGUUGUUUAAGUCAAGAAAAAUACAAACAUUGAAUUUUAAAUGAGGUGUACAUUUUAUAGAUGCUUUUACUAUUUACCGACAUGAUACCUAUUGCAAGUAAAACAUAUUAACAUUAACAUAUUAAUCAAAAUGUUUCUCUUUUCUGCAAUUUCACGUGGAAGAAUGAAAGUAUUUUCCCGAAAACAUGUCUUAAAUAUCACAUCAUUAAAAGCAGCGGUAAAAUGUAGCUGAACAUUUACUCAAGUACUUUCAUUAACUGCUACUGUAUACCUCUACUUCACUACAAUUCAGAAUGAAUUCUCCUUUUACAUUCUGACAGCUUUAGAUACUUUGCAGAUUAAUCUUAAACACACAACACAUGUAAUCAUCUUGUAAAAUAAAAUGUAUAACAGUGUAUAAAA